UUAUAACAGGUUUACAUCGUCACUGCUCUGCUAUAGAUUGUUUUUGUUGUUGUUGUUGUUGUUGUUGGGGAGGGGGUCAAGAUAGCUCCCACCUUGCACAGUUGUCGUCGUUGAACAAGCAUCCUCAACUGCGCAUGCGCGUCAGAUGGACACCAACGUUUUCAGUUUCUAAAUGUUUAGAUAUGAACAUUCAUGAAUUGGAAAAUGGCGAGUUAAUAUUUUGAGUUAAGGAGAUUGAAAGUGAUGGAGUGUUCUCAUUUGAGCUCCAACGUGAGCUUCGCUGGCGACUCCUCCAAGCUGCCUAACGGUGCUCCUUCCUCCUGGUGCUGCAGCGUUUGCAGAUCGAAUAAAAGCCCAUGGCUUUGCCUCACUUGCCUGGUGGUCCACUGUGGACGUUAUGUGAAUGGCCACGCAAAAAAGCACUUUGAAGAUAAUCAAGUGUGCAUCACCAGCCAACGGAAAGGUGACAAACCGGAGAAGGAGAAAAGUCAACAUUCGGUUUGCAUGGAUUCUGGCAACUACAGUGUGUUUUGUUACAGAUGUGAUGAAUUUGUUGUCAAUGAUACCAAAGUUGGACAUGUGCAAAAAGUGCGGGAGCACCUCCAGAGUUUAGAAAACUCAGCCCUAAUUGGGGACAGACAGAGGAAAAGAAAACUCCAAGACAGUCAAGCCCCAGACAAGAAAACACUUAAAGAGAACGAUAGCGCGGCUUUGGGUGCUACUGGGCUGCGUAACCUGGGAAACACGUGUUUUAUGAACGCCAUCCUGCAGUCACUCAGUAACAUCGAGCAGUUCAGCUGUUACUUCAAGGGCUUGCCUGCAGUAGCGCUACGCAGCGGUAAGACGGCCGGGAGGAGGAUGUACCACACUCGCAGCCAAGGGGACACCAGUGUGUCACUGGUGGAGGAGUUAAGAAAGACCUUUUGUUCCCUCUGGCAAGGGAGCCAGACUGCCUUUAGUCCGGACUCCUUAUUUUAUUCAGUGUGGAAAAUCAUGCCGAGUUUCAGAGGCUAUCAGCAGCAGGAUGCCCACGAGUUCAUGCGCUAUUUGUUGGACCACUUGCAUAGGGAGCUCCAACACAGCCAGAACGGGGCAGCAGAGCCGAGCUCGCCUCAGGACAGGCUCCGACUCUGCAGCAUGGAUGGCAAAAGCUGCUUAAACGGCGCUCCCAGUGUCGUCACAUCUAUCUUCGGUGGGAUCCUCCAGAAUGAAGUCAACUGUUUGAUAUGUGGGACCGAAUCUCGGAAGUUUGACCCAUUUCUUGAUUUGUCUCUGGACAUUCCCAGUCGGUUUCGACAAAAGAGGAGUAAGGAUCAAGAGCCAAGUCCGACAUGCACCUUGCGUGAGUGCUUACGAAGCUUCACUGACCUGGAAGAGCUGGAUGAAACUGAGCUGUACUAUUGUCACAAGUGCAAAAAGAGGCAGAAAUCCACUAAGAAGUUCUGGAUCCAGAAGCUUCCAAAGGUUUUGUGCCUGCACUUAAAAAGGUUCCACUGGACUGCCUUUUUGAGGAACAAAGUGGACACUUAUGUGGAAUUUCCACUAAAAGACUUGGACAUGAAAGGCUAUUUACUUGAGCCAGAAAGUUUGUUAGCAGAGAGCUGUCUGUACGAUCUGGCAGCCAUUGUAGUACAUCACGGUUCUGGGGCGGGGUCGGGACACUACACAGCGUACGGCAGCCACGAGGGGCGUUGGUACCACUUCAACGACAGCACGGUGACACUCGCCACCGAGGAAAUGCUGAGGAAGGCCAAAGCGUACAUCCUUUUCUACACGGAGAGGGCCGAGCGGACGGCUGCAGCGUUGGACACGUGUUCCGGAGAGGCGGCUGUACCCGGGAUGGUCGAAAACCACUCGGCACGGGAUAGCUCGCCAUUACAAAAUACAGACGCAGCCGCACUAGAGGAAUCAAAUGCGGAGAGAACGCGAUCUGAUGAGGCCUCUGUGCUUGAAGAUGACGUUCAAACGGCGACAGCGUGAAUCGGACCUAUUCUGUUCUUCACCUCCUUCACACCUUAUGACCCUCACGCCAGUUGUUUAGGAGCCAAAUGAUACGUCUGUAGGAUGUCGUUUCACAUUCAUCUCGUUAGUGUUUUGUUGUUAAAUAUUGUUUCACUUAAUGAAUAAUGUUCAACCUCAGAAACUGACCAAUAACUUUCUCUCGGACACUGCCAUCACACAACGGGUCGAAGUCACUCUUAUUUUAAUGCUUUUCAUGUUUUCCCCCUGCUCAGAACAGACAAGACAGAUACCACUUUUAACUGAUUUUCAAAAUGUGACGGAACCUACACGAGACACACACACACAAAAAAAAGAAACAAUUGUGUGCUGACUGUUUUUAUAAGGUGUGGCGUGUUCCAGAGACCAGACAGAAUCUUAUCUCCACUGGCAACUGCGCGUUCCUCCUCUUUUGUUGUCCAAAAACUGACCUGCGACACGUCAUAAAAACAACACAACCACUUGUUUCUUGUUUUUCUGUCCAGCAGCAGCACCGGCUUCAGGUCGUUUAUUCUGUUUUAUGCCACAAUCACAGAGUCUGCGGAUUCGCUAAACUCUCCGUUGACCGUGAAGAUUUAACUGGUGAAACAUUUGCAAUUUCCAAGCAGAUCAUAAGAAUAAUAAUCAUUAGAGAUACGCCCCACACCACUCAGGACAAUCUUUUAGAGGCAUCUUGACAAUCAGGUAUUUCUUAACUUUGACCUGAAGGUGGUAGAAAUGCUCAAAUUUGUCCUGGUUAACUGAGUUACCCGCUUUAGUCAUGUGGGACAUUGUAGAUUUAUCAUUGAAAGAUUUAUGACUGAUGACCAUUAUGUGGAAAGCUAGAGUUCUUGUAACAUUUUUUUAAGGAAAUCAAACCUGAUGGAGAAAAACAACUGAAAAUGUUUUUGAAUGUGUGGUUGAUGAGGGAAAGGGCCCUGUGGAAGACACACAGUUGAAUAUAGACUGCAGAAUUUAUUUAUUUUUUUGUCUCACUGCCUGGAGUCAAAUCAAACAAAACCUCUCCUGUUUCACCCCAGUCAGGAUCAGUAAAAUUACUUAAUUUUAUUAAAUGCCAAAAUAGCGAGAGUGACAAUGUCUUAGAGAAUUUUCUGUUACUGUAUUUUCUUCAAGGUCAAACGUUUACAUACACAAAAAGUAUUUUGUCUUGAAAGAAAAUGGGGAAGCCCCGAACGAGGUCGUGGCUUCGGAAGCUCCUGAUGGGUUAACCCUACAACAGGUGAAUUAAUUGACGGCACACCUGGUGAAGUAUGAAAGGCCACGGCACAAACACUCUGCUUCCUUGUUGGAAAUCGUGGGAAAAUCAAAAGCGGC